CAGCAUCAGGCAUAAAGGAGCAGCACCAAGAAGAAACCAGACGGCUGUCUGCUUGAUAUAAAAGAAUGGCGAGGAAAAGCUUGGAGGUGUUCUUGCUGAUUUUGGGGAUAUUGGUGCCACUGGGCUGGUGUCAGCACUGGUCCUAUGGACUGAACCCAGGAGGGAAGAGGGAACUCGACAGCCUGUCAGACAGCCUGGGCAGCAGCACUGUGGAAGGGUUUCCACACAUGGACACAACCUGCAGGAUUUUAAUUCGUGCUGAAGAAUCUCCUUUCCCCAAAAUUUACAGAAUGAAAGGGUUCUUUGGCACUGUGAAUGAAAAUGGAGACAGAGGAUAUAAAAAAUGAUGACUGAUUGCGCAAUAAAUAAAUAAAUUAGUAUA